UUGUGUGAAGAGCUCCUCGGAUCACCACACAAGUCCAUAAGCAAGGACACAGUCACCGUUCUACGACCCGGUUCGUAGCUAUAGCCGCUUUGAAGAUAAAAAGCACCAGGAGACAAAAUGGCAUCGGACUCUCCCCGCCGACCUAGUCGCUGUGCUGGAGGGGUUCUGGUGCGAGCACAAGCUGCUAUGGAACAGUCUUACAUGGACAGUGUGGUGACCUUCCUGCAGGAUGUGGUCCCCCAGGCAUACACUGGUGCUCCGCCCACUGAUGAAAAAGAGAAGAUCAUUUGGGUUCGAUUUGAGAAAGCUGACAUCAAUGACACAUCCCGCAAUCCAGAGUUUAUGGAGAUGCACAGCGGUACUACUGACCCUCCUCUUUGUCUCAUGAUUGGCUACACUGACGGGAUGCAGAUCUGGAGCGUAUCUUUGGCAGGGGAAGCCCAAGAGCUGUUCUCAGUUCGCCAUGGUCCUGUGCGGGCUGCUCGCAUUCUGCCAGCUCCUCAUAUCAGUCAUCUGAAGACGGACAGUUUUUCUGACAAGAGGCCUUUGCUGGGGGUGUGCAAGAGCACAGGGUCUUCUGGGACAAGCCCUCCCUACUGUUGCACUGACCUGUAUUCUCUACGGACAGGGGAAAUGGUCAAAUCAAUUCAGUUCAAGACGCCCAUCUAUGAUCUCCACUGCAACAAACAUAUUCUUGUUGUGAGCCUUCAAGAGAAGAUUGCAGCAUUUGACAGCUGCACCUUUACUAAGAAGUUCUUUGUCACAAGCUGCUAUCCCUGCCCCGGCCCUAGCCUAAAUCCGAUAGCUCUGGGAACCCGCUGGCUAGCCUACGCUGAGAACAAGUUGAUCCGAUGUCACCAGUCUCGCGGAGGAGCUUGUGGUGACAAUGCACAGUCCUAUACAGCUACAGUGAUCAAUGCUGCCAAAACUUUAAAGACAGGCCUGACAAUGGUGGGUAAAGUUGUCACCCAGUUGGCCGGCACACUACCAGCAGGCACUCCGGAAGAGGAGGGCACAACUCACAGUGCAAGUCGCCGCAGCCCCCACAACCCCGGCGUGGUAACCAUCAUUGACACACACAGUGUUGGCGAAGGACAGGUCUUGGUGAGUGAGGACUCGGACGGAGAAGGAGUGGUGGCUCACUUCCCAGCUCAUGACAAACCCAUAUCCUGUAUGCAAUUCAACCCCAGUGGAAUGCUGCUGGUGACUGCUGACACUCAGGGCCACGAUUUUCACGUCUUCCAGAUUCUCACCCACCCAUGGGCGUCUUCACAGAGCGCCGUUCACCAUCUCUACACCCUGCAUCGUGGGGAGACUGAAGCCAAGGUCCAGGACAUGUGUUUCAGCCAGGACAGUCGCUGGGUAGCCAUCAGCACCCUCCGUGGCACCACCCACGUAUUUCCUGUCAACCCUUACGGCGGAGCACCCUGUGCCCGCACACACAUGUCCCCACGCGUGGUCAACCGGAUGUCUCGCUUCCAAAAGAGCGCUGGCCUGGAGGAAAUCGAACAGGAGCUUAACCGGGUGGCUGCAUUAGGAGGAGGAGCGGGAGCAGGAGGCAUAGGAGGAGGCGGCUGCAUCCUGGGUGGAGGAGGAGGCAUCGGGGGCCGCUGUAGCCCCAUACCAGGCCUGUCCAGCAGCCCGUCGGGGUCUCCACUCCACGCCAAGCUGAGUAGCCAGGAUUCAUACAACAACUACACCAAUAACAACAUGGGGAACCCGCGACUGUCCCCGCUGCCCAGCCUCACUGUGGUGCUGCCUCUGGCUCAGAUCAAACAGCCCAUGACCCUGGGCACCAUCACCAAACGCUCCGGACCCUACCUCUUUGGGGCGGGAUGUUUUGCCAUUAAAACUCCAUGCAAAGCUAAGCCGCCCCCUCAGAUCUCCCCAAGCAAGUCCAGUGGAGGAGAGUUCUGUGUGGCCGCCAUCUUUGCCUCCUCUCGCUCCUGGUUCAUUACCAACCCUACCAUGAAAAGAGAGAAAGAUCAGGCCAGGCAGUCGGUUGUCGACUCACUGUACAUCCUCAGUUGCUAUGGUAACUUAGUGGAACAUGUCCUGGAGCCUAGGCCAAUUAGCACUGCUCAAAAAACUAGUGAUGACACACCUCUGGAGCUCAGCACCUGUCCAAGGGCCUGCUGGACUCUAGCCAGGACUCCACAAUGGAAUGAGCUGCAGCCACCCUUCAACUCAAACCACCCCUUGGUGUUGGCCUCAGACCUGGUGCAGUACUAUCAGUAUCUUCUGGCUGCGAUGCCCCCAGGAUGUCCAGGUCCGAUCACCCGUCAUGAGUCGUCAGACAGCCUGGCGUCGGACCACAGUGGUCAGGAGGAUGAGGAGUGGCUCUCUCAGGUGGAAAUUGUGACCCAUACAGGGCCUCAUCGGCGGCUGUGGAUGGGCCCCCAGUUCCAGUUCAAGACCCUUCACCCUUCAGGACAGACCACAGUCAUCUCCUCGUCCUCCUCAGUCCUUCAGUCCCAGGGCCCCACUGAUGUCCAACAGCCCCUGUUGGACUUUGACACAGACGACCUGGACCUACACAGCCUGAGGAUCCAGCCGGUACGUUCAGAGCCAGUCAGCAUGCCUGGCUCAUCACGGCUGGUGGCUGAUCGUAGAGGGCAGUCCAACAUCAUUGACACAGGAUCAGGUCCUUUUGACGGACGCGGUGUGACCUUGCUGGAGGUAUGUGGUAGCUGGCCGGAGAGCUUCGGCAUACCGCGGCACAACGUUGGCUCGGCAGACGCAAGUGACGAAGGCCUCCGAGAGAGACUGGCAGAUGCCAUGUCUGAGUCCCCCUCCAGGGAUAUAGUAGGAUCUGCUACAGAGCUGCAAAGGGAGGGCAGCAUCGAGACCCUCAGUAACAGCUCGGGCUCAACCAGCGGCAGCAUCCCACGCAACUUCGAGGGCUACCGCUCCCCCCUUCCCACCAACGAGAGCCAGCCGCUGAGCCUCUUCCCAACCAACUUCCCCUAGACACCCACCUCUUCUCCAAGAAGUACCACCACAUAAGUCUGAUCCCAGCUACAUACAGUAUUAGUGUUUUAUUUCUUUCAUGAACGGCCAAUGCUUCUGUAGUUUGUACAAAUUUCCGAUAAUUAUAAAUUGAAAAUUUUAUGAAACUAUUUAGUAUUCAAAUUUUAUUAAUAUCUGGGUGAAAAUAGUGAGAAAAAUGUGUUGUAGACUCUUGAAAGCUAAUUUAUUUUAAGCUUAACAGCUAUUUAAAGUUCUGCCGAGCAAUUAACCAAAUCUAAUGUGCAGAUAAAAUGCAGUUUCAUCACAGAGUAUUUUGAUAAAGCGGUCAGGGAGGAACUUCCUUUAUUUUUAAUAUCAGAUUUUUAAUAAAAGGCCAGAAUCAGCCCAGCUCAUCUAUCGUACUCUGCUUGUAACCUUGCUGCUUUGUUAAAUCAGAAGCUGUCUGACACAGACGUUGUUGGAGACCAGUGGUCCUCUCCUCUCUGCAGCUGAUGUUUCCUCAGCCCGGGACACCAUCAUUCUUUGUGUGUAUUGGAAGUUUUACGGUGUGCCUAUUGUCUGAAUGAGCCAUGAGAGUGUGAGCGCCGACAAAAGAAACAUGAUUAUUCCAGUCAGUGACGUGUAGCAGCUCCUUUUCCCUCCGUGUGUGUGCUGCUGCUCUCAUGGCCUCUCCCUAAAUGUUUGUUGAUAAAAUGUUUCCCUCUCAUGUCUUUGAUUAUUAUAUAAUUACAUUUGAAAAGAGAUGCAGUAAUGAGAUGACACUAUUACUAAGUUGCUGAAGCCACUUAGAUGUUGACCAUGUAAUUGAGACAUUUCUGACAUCAUUUAGAUAUAUUUUCCAACUUGGCCUUUCCAGAUAGUCAAUUUUAAUUGAGCGGAGUAAUAGAGGUCGUCAUGCUCUAUUCUGUACAUUAGCAAGUUUGACCAAAUUCUUUUUCUCGUCUCUAGUUAUAGAUAUCUAAAUAAAUGCAUUUACCUUAAAUGUACUAGUUUUGUCUGAAGCAAAGAAGAUUGAAAUUCCUUUAUUCAACACACUUUGCCUGUUAGUUUGUCCUAAGCAGAAUGUUUGUAUGGUGAAAAUUGAAAUGCACUAUUUACAGAGACACAUUAGAAACCAUUUUAAAUGAUAAUAGUAAUGUACAAUCCCACAUGUCUGCGUGUUGUUGGACUGGCUGCAUGCCAUGUUGGCCCAUUGUUGCUCUUUCAGUGAAUGAGGGCAUGCAUCUACGUGUUUUAAUUCAGAGCAAAUGCUUGUUGUUGACAGUACGAAUUGAUUUGUGAAAUACUUACUUGACUUUUCCCAGCAGUCAUGCAAGAAAAUAAAAACACAAUAAAACA